UCAACCCACCUCUGGAAUUUCAAGGGGGAAGAAGGGGAAGCAAAUUAUGGGACACGGAUUGUAACUGCAGCAUUGAAAAGAGCACAGGGGAUUUCUUCAACCCUGGAGGAGACUUUGACUUUGUGUUCUGGAAAUACAUGAAAUCCAGCGUGCCUUGUGUGAAAGCUCAUCUGAGACCUGUUCCAGUCUAAGCAAUUUAAUGAGAGAAAAUCCCUAAGAAGAAAGAGGGAAAGCUCCCAGACCAAAGCCAGUCCCGUGGGAAGCAAAGCAGUACGGCUGCUCAAGGUGUCAAACAUGCAGCCGUUUACUUUGAUCGGUGCGCUUUUUCUCCUGCUCCACAUCUCUUUUGGUAGCACAGAAGCUUAUAGGCAUUACCGACAAGCUCUUACCGCAAACCAACCAGGUGUGUGUCGCUACGGCAGGAGACUGGAGUGUUGCUAUGGCUGGAAGAAAAACAAUAAAGGACAGUGUGAGGCUCAGUGUGAGCACGGCUGCAAGCAUGGGGAGUGUGUUGGCCCCAACAAAUGCAAGUGUUUCCCGGGAUACGCCGGAAAGACGUGUAAUCAAGAUCUGAAUGAGUGUGGCCUGAAACCCCGUCCCUGUGAGCAUCGCUGCAUGAACACCUUUGGUAGUUACAAAUGCUACUGCCUUAACGGAUACACCUUAUUGGCUGACGGAUCUUGUGUCAAUUCCAGGACAUGCUCUCUUGCUCACUGUCAAUAUGGUUGUGAGGAAGUAGAGGGGGAGAUUCGCUGCCUUUGCCCAUCUGCAGGCCUACAACUGGGGCAAGAUGAGAGAACAUGUGUAGAUAUCGAUGAAUGCAUAACUGGGAAGAACCUCUGCCCAUACAACCGACAAUGUGUGAACACCUUUGGCAGCUACUACUGCAAGUGCCAAGAUGGUUAUGAUCUGAAAUAUGUUGAUGGAAAAUAUGACUGUAUCGAUCUUGAUGAGUGUGCAGCCGGCACCCACAAGUGCAGCCACCAUGCAGUCUGUCUGAACACUCAUGGAUCCUACAAGUGCAGAUGCAAGUCUGGGUUCAGAGGCAACGGCUUUGAAUGCUCUGUCAAGCCAUUUUAUCAGAGGUCGUGGGAUGGAGACAAGGGCAGUGCUGAUGAUUCCCUCAAUGCCAUCCCAGACUCCCAAGUGAGACCUGGGAUUCUGGGAGGUAAGCUAAGUAAUGAGGACUUCAGAAAUGUCAUCCCCGAACCAGUUGCAACACCUCCCCCCAAGAUCCGUCAGCAACCUUUUGACUACGAUGGAGAGGUCUACGUUGGCAGCCCAAAGGAGGAAAAACAAGAAUUUCCUGAGGAAGAAGAGGAGGAAGUAGAGGAAGACAACCAGCUUAAUCCAAGAGGGGAUGUUUUCAUAUCAGAGGACUUUGAGUCGGUGUUCGGCCCAGCCACAGAAGUCAAAGAAAUCCAAAUUACACCACCUCAAGAAGAAUACUUCAUGGACUGCAACUUUGAUCAGGGAGCAUGUGAAUGGGUCCAAGACAAGGCUGAUGACAUGGACUGGAUUGUGUCAUACCAUGAUAACGGUGCUGAGUACUACAUGGCCUUAAGUGGACUGCUGGGGGAGCAGGAGGAUGUGGCCAAGCUAAAGCUGCUGCUCAGUGACCGGGCCCAGCAGGGCAGUUUUUGCCUCACCUUUGACUACCGUGUGGUGGGCCAUAAUGUGGGUGCACUCAGGGUGCUGCUUGAUAACAAUUCUUACCCUGUGUGGGAGCAGAGCCAAAGCAAAGACCAGAGCUGGCAGACAGAGCUCCUCACUGUGGCCUGGAAAGAGGAGGCACCACAGUCUAUUAUCUUUGAAGCUCAGCGUGGGAAAGGUGUUGGAGGUGAGAUAGGGCUGGACAAUGUUGUGCUGACCUCAGGGACCUGUCAAGAGGAUGGAGAUUCAAUCUUUUAAGACUUUUCACUUCAGGUCAACACCUCUGCCCUAAACAGCACAUGUCAAGAAUCUGUUUCCUCUCGACAUGAUUGUGCCUUCCAUGUGGAGUUUCUCAGAGUUUUCAAACACCACAGCUUCAUGGUCAAAAAUAGGGAGAUAUGUAUAGAAAUUGUGUGAAAGUUCACUUUAACACCAUGCUGCUACAUCAAUACAAUACAAUUCAAUUCUCAAAACAGUCUUGUAUGACAUGGACAACAGAUAAGAUCUCAGGAACAGGUGGAAGAGCUAACCUUGUUAGUUUGGUUUAACAGUAUUGUGCUUAAACCUUGUUGUGUAUGUGACAGUGCAGUGCUGAAGUAAAGUAAAAAAAAAUAUUACCUAUGACAUGUAAUGUGAAUUCUUAGGUUAAAUAUAUCUAAAAUCUUAGAUGAGUAAAGUUUUUGAAGGCUGUUUUUUAUGCUAAGAAGUAUCAGUGCAUUUAAAGUUACUACAUUUGCAUUGAAAUUAUACUAUUAUUACAUUAAACCUGAUUGUUUUUUUUAACCUUUCCGACUGUUAGUUGUUUUUUUUUUUGGUUUUUUUUUUACAGACUGGGCUCACACUAAGUGAGCUCAAAUAGUGGUGCUUAUUGUUAAGUCAGUAAAAUUAAUGAUGAUGUAAAAGUAUAAAUGAAAAUGUAAGCGUUAAAGAAAUACAUCAGUUCGUUUG